AUGUCUUCCCUCAUGGUCCCCUCUAUGCAUGCCCCUCAGGCGAUCGCCAACACAGCCCCCGAUCGCUCCAACUUUGCAGAAAUAACUAGAAUGCUCUUUCUUCUGAGGCGCAAUACGCUCUAUACAAACCCCUACUUUUCCAGAGUUAUUUCCUGGUCCCUCAACCCCAACACCGAGCCUCAGCCACCAGUCGACUACAUAUUGGCCCUCAUUAACCAAGCCCGUGAACGUAUCGAGGCACUUCAAAUUGACCGCGAGCUCACAAUCUGCGCCCUGAAAACCGUACCGAACAUCACCUGCGAGCGUAUUUGGGAGGGUAUCAAUCAUGGUCUCAAGAUGCUGCCUAACAAUGACCCGGAGAUUGAUGAUAUGACGGGAACGGUGGUCAAGGUGACGGAGCAGAUAAGAGGGUUGAAGGAUUUGAUUUGGAAUGUGCAGAAGGCUGUGUGGGAGGAUCCAGUUAUGGCUCAGGAAUACUCGGUGCGCCCGGGGGUCUCCGUUAUUACACACGACUUGCAAAAAGUCAUACUUAGGCGUGCGGCAGAUGAGGCGGCGAAGUUUGCGGCGAGUGUGAGUAGCUUGGAAAUGGAGGAGGAUAACAGUGAAUGUGGGUUGGAGAUGGGGACGCUUGAGAUGACUGGACCGACCAGUCAUGAUGGGGAUUGGGUUGAUGAGGAGAUGGAAAUGGAUAACGAGGAGCGUAAAAAUGCAGAGGGCGGGAUUGCAUAA